AUGCUGCUCUGAUUCCAGCGCGCGGUGGAAAAAAGUUCCUCAGAGAUGGAGCGGUUGGUGAGGCGCUGAUUUAUGCACUUUUAUUCAUGAUAUUAAACGCGAAAAGAGAGUUCAAUUGACGCGGAUCUGCUAAGAUCUUUGUUCUCUUUCACAUUCGUGCGGAAUUUAAACUUUUAAGGAUCGAUUUUGUGGACUUUUUGUUAGUUUUGUUGUUGUGGGUGAAAAUGCCGCAGCCCGCUCGCGCCGUGAGCUUCGCGCUGCUUGUGUUUCACCUCACGGGAUUUAAAGCGCUUCACGGAGACUCGGAACCGGACCCGGACCCCUGCCCAUCCGUGUGCUCGUGUGUGGGACCCCUCGCCGACUGCAGUGCACUGAAACACGGCAUGAUCUCGGAGCGGCUGCCCGCGCGGAUCAGGCGCCUGGAUCUGAGCCAUAACAAGCUGCGCAUGUUUCCCGAAGCGCUGUUCUCCAGCCUGCCGCACCUCAGCGAAAUAAAACUGAACAACAACGACUUCGAGUCGAUCCCGGAUCUGGGCCCCGAGGCUGGAAACCUCAGCUGUCUGAUUCUAGCAAACAACAAGAUUUCGAGGAUCUCGACGGAUCGGCUCGGUUCGCUGGUCGCGCUGGAGACACUGGACCUUAGCAACAACAAUAUUAUGGAGGUUCGGGCCGGGGCUUUUCCUCCACUUCCUCUGAAAAACCUGUUGAUGAAUAACAACCGUAUCUCCACGCUGGAGCACGGCUGCUUCAGUAACCUGUCCAACUCGCUGCUGGUGUUAAAACUCAACAAGAACCGGCUGAGCUCCGUCCCGCCCAAGAUCUUCCCGCUCCCGCACCUGCAGACCCUAGAGCUGAGCAGGAACCGUGUUCGGCGUAUUGAGGGUCUGGCGUUUCACGGACUCCACGGCCUUCGCUCGCUGAAGAUCCAGAGGAACGGCAUCACACGCCUCAUGGACGGGGCUUUCUGGGGUCUCAACAACAUGGAAGUGCUACAGCUGGAGCACAAUAACCUGACGGAGGUGAGUAAAGGCUGGCUCUACGGGCUCCUGACGCUGCAGAAACUUCAUCUGUCGCACAACACCAUCAUCCGCAUCAGAGCCGACGCCUGGGAGUUCUGCCAGAAACUCUCCGAGCUGGAUCUGAACUGGAACCAGCUGACCCGUUUGGAGGAAGGCAGUUUCGUCGGACUCAGUGUCCUCGAGCAGCUCCACGUCGGAAACAACCGCGUCAGUUUCAUCGCCGACGGAGCGUUUCGAGGCCUCGCCAACUUGCAGACGCUAGAUCUGAAGUGUAACGAGAUCUCAUGGACCAUCGAGGACAUGAACGGCCCUUUCUCUGCUCUGGACAAUCUGAGGAAGCUGUUCCUCCAAGGGAACCGCAUCCGAUCGGUCACCAGGAAGUCUUUCACAGGCCUGGACGAGCUGGAGCAACUGGAUUUGAGCAACAACGCCAUCAUGUCGCUGCAGGCCAACGCCUUCUCUCAGAUGAAGAAGCUGACGGAGCUGCUCCUGAACACAUCUAGUCUGCUGUGUGACUGCCAGCUCAAGUGGUUUUCUCCGUGGGUGGCAGAACAUGCUUUUCUUCCUCUGGUGAACGCCAGCUGUGCCCAUCCACAUCUGCUGAAGGGCAGAAGCGUAUUCGCCGUCGCCCAGGACGAGUUUGUGUGCGAUGAUUUCCCCAAACCCCAGAUCACGGUUCAGCCCGAGACACAAUCCGCCAUUAAAGGCACGAACGUGACUUUCGUGUGUUCGGCGGCCAGUUCCAGCGACUCCCCGAUGACCUUCGCCUGGAAGAAAGACAACGAGGUCCUGAACGACGCAGAGAUCCACAACCAGGCCCACCUGCGGUCUCAGGUCAGCGAGGUCACGGAGGUCACAGAGGUCACGGAGGUCACGGAGUACACCACCACACUACAGCUGAGAACCGUGGACUUCUCCAGCGAGGGCAAAUACCAGUGCGUGAUCUCCAACCACUUCGGCUCCUCGUACUCCAGCAAAGCCAAGCUGACCGUCAACAUGCUGCCGUACUUCACCAAGAUGCCGAUGGAUCUGUCGAUCCGCGCGGGAGCUACGGCUCGACUGGAGUGCGCGGCUAGCGGACACCCGUCUCCUCAGAUCGCCUGGCAGAAAGAUGGAGGCACGGAUUUCCCAGCGGCACGUGAGCGCCGGAUGCACGUCAUGCCGAGAGACGACGUGUUCUUCAUGGUGGACGUGAAGACGGAAGACAUCGGUGUGUACAGCUGCACGGCCCAGAACACCGCAGGAGCCGUCUCAGCUAACGCUACGCUAACUGUGCUGGAAACGCCGUCGUUCCUGCGCCCGCUGAUGGACCGUUCGGUGGCGACGGGUGAGACCGCGGUUCUGCAGUGUAUCGCGGGCGGGAGUCCGGCACCCCGACUCAACUGGACCAAAGACGACAGCCCGCUAGUCGUGACGGAGCGGCACUUCUUCGCCGCGGGGAACCAGCUGCUAAUCAUCGUGGACGCCGCCGAGGGAGACGCGGGAACAUACACGUGCGAGAUGUCCAAUCCUCUGGGAACGGAGCGUGGGAACGUGCGUUUGGCCAUCAUUCCCAACCCCAACUGUGACCCGGGCGUGUCCAUCGGGGCCCCGGCGGGACGAGGGUCUGAGGACGACGGCUGGACCACCGUGGGCAUCGUGAUCAUCGCGGUGGUGUGUUGCGUGGUGGGGACGUCUCUCGUGUGGGUGGUGAUCAUUUACCACACGCGCCGACGCAACGAGGACUGCAGCGUCACCAACACAGAUGAGACGAAUCUGCCGGCGGAUAUCCCGAGCUAUCUGUCGUCUCAGGGAACGCUAGCGGAGCGCCAGGACGGGUUUAUGGCGUCUGAGAGCGACAGCCAUCAGUACAUCAGCUCCUCCAUCGGGGGCUUUUACAUGCCGACCAAAGACAUGAGCAGCCUCUGCCAGCUGGACACAGGAAGUGAUGCGGACAUGGAGGUGAUCGACCCAAUGCUCUGCCGUUAUCAGGGGCCGGUCGGUUCAAUGCUGAGACGCUACAGCCCCGAUCCUCCCGAGUCCUACACAGACCCGAGGCUCGUCUGCAGCGAAUCCUUCAGCAGGAACAGGGAGUUCUACACCUGUAGCUCCGCCCUCGAACCCUUCGAUCACAUGAUAACGAUGCUGCCCGCCGACACAGAGUGUGUGGAGGAGUGUGUGCGAGGAGAGUGUGUUCUGGGCUCCCCGGCUUCAUAUAUGGGAACGUUCGGGAAAGCGUGGCGUCCUCAUCCCGGAGUCGUGCUUCAGGAGAACCCAUACGCCGGCACUCACCCGGAUCCCGCCGGCACUCACCCGGACCUCGACGUGUACGAGACGCCCUUCGACAACAGGACGAACUUUCCCGCCUCGUAGCGGCACGUCAUGUGACUUUACGUUCCUCCAACCAGGACGAGCGAAAACUAGACACGUUCUACCUCAGAAAGAGCUUCGGCUGAAUGUAAAUGAUGACACGUUUGUACAGAAAGAUGCAUUUUAUACAAAACUAUAUUUUGUAAAUUAAUUAUUUUUCCUA